AUGCCCCCCUCACCCCUCUACACCCCCCAAGACGUCCCCUCCUUCAAGAAGCGUCGCAACCGUCUCCCCAACACCCGCGCAAAGCAACUCCUCCGUGCCGCAGAGCGUGACUAUAAUGAUCCCCCUCCGCCGCCUGGACUGGGCGAGUGCUGCGGGAGUUCGUGUGAUCCGUGCGUCAACGAUCUGUGGAAGGAGGAGUUGGCGAUUUGGAGGGAACGCUGGGGGGAUGGAGCAGUUGAGGAUGGAGGUAAGAAGGAGGAUGAUCAGGGAGAUGAGAGCGAGGGGUGUGCGAAGAUGAAGAUGCCGGGGAGUUGGGAGUGUCAUAUUGCUACCAGGCUGGCACAGUUGUCAAGCAACUCCCUCAGACUGGAGGAGGCUGUUGUCUCCUGUGGCCAGUUUAACUACUGGCACUACAUCGACAGCAACAAGAUCCGAAAGCACAUGGCUGAGCUCAUAGCAGACCGGGAAUUAGGCAAGGCACAUCUCGCGGCGACUGCAGCGUGCGCGCCACAUAUCGCCGGCUCUCUGCCAAAGCAGGCGUCGAGAACCUCAGCGUGGCCAUCCGAACCAGCGCUACAGCAGAAGAUCUUCCAAACGCCAGCUUUGCUAGGUAGCAGGAAUCUUACCUCAACAUCGUGGGCGAAGACGCCCUCCUAG